AUGAUCUCCGACGGCGACCUCUACCGCCUGGCCAUCUUCCUGGGCUCCUGCGCCAUGAUGAUGAUUGUCCUCUACCACUUCCUCGAUGUCAAUGCUCACGACGACGACGAAACCGAGAACACAACGUCCAAACAAACCAGAACCACCGCCGAGUUCGCGACAUCAUAA